AUGGCGACAAGUGCAGCAGCAUUACUUUCUCAAGCGGAACGCGAUCGAGCGACGGAAAAUGAAAAUUUAAGGGCUGAAAUUCAAAAGAGAGUCUAUGAUGCUUUUAGUAUAUUUGAUCAUGAAGGAAAUAAAACCGUGGAUGUUAGAGAAAUAGGUACGAUCAUUCGGUCACUAAAUUGUUGUCCAAGUGAAGGAGAAUUGAAUGAUAUGAUCACAGAGAUGGAAGAAGAAGAACCAACUGGAUACAUUAAAUACGAAAAAUUUGAACCAGUCAUGAUGAAAGUUAUCCUCGAAAGGAAAUAUAAGCCCCAAAGUGAAGAUAUUCUUAUGAAAGCACUCGAGGUGUUGGAUCAAGAGCAUAAAGAACAUUUAACAAUUGAUGAAAUUACUAAGUUUAUGACCGAAUAUGGGGAAGCAUUUACUCAAGAUGAAUUAGAAGAAAUGAAAUCUGCAGCUGUUGAUCAAGAAAAAGGUGUCAUCUACUACAAAGAUUAUGUAUCACUCUUAGUGGUUGACGAAUGA